AUGACCGCUGGAUGGUGGAUGUUUGUGGCCGGGAUCCUCUCCGUCCCCGGCGGGAUCCACGGAGCUUGUGUCUACGAGGGAUCUCUGCAUGCGGACGACAGUCAGUGGAGUCCGUCCUCCUGCUCGCUGUGCGUUUGCUCCAGAGGAAGUGUUUCCUGCAGCGCUAAACCUUGUCCACAACUCACCUGUCCACCCGACCAGACUCUGUUCACACCUGAGGGAGAGUGCUGCCCCAAAUGUGGACGCAACGGAGCGUCGUGCUCCUGGCAGGGCGCCCCCUACAGGGACGGCCAGCAGUGGAACCCCAGCAGCUGCUCCAGAUGUUCCUGCAGCGACGGCCAAGUCCAGUGUUGGGUGGCCGAGUGUCGACAAGUCGCCUGCAAACCGGAUGAGAACCUGGUGAUCCCAGCCGGUCAGUGCUGUCCUCAGUGUGUCUCCAACCCCUGUCUGUCUGCAGGGAAGCAGUAUCAGCACGGCCAGCAGUGGAGGAAGGACGACUGCACCACAUGCGUGUGCGACCGAGGACAGUCCAGAUGCAACACGGACACCUGUCGGUCCAUCACCUGCGACAAGGGCCAGACCAACGUGAGGCGAGCCGGCAGCUGCUGCGACGAAUGCGCCGCCGCCAAGGGGAGCUGCCUGUACCAGGGCGCCGUGCGUUACCAUGGCGACACGUGGAACGCCACCGGAUGCGAGUUCUGCAGCUGCGACCGAGGCCAGGUGCUCUGUCAGAGGGCCGAGUGUGGACGGGUCACAUGUCCACAGGGCUCGGAGCUCGUUCACCUGCCGGGGAAGUGCUGCCCGGAGUGUUCCUCUGUGAAACCUGCCUGUAUUUACCAUGGAGAAUCCUACCAGAAUCUGGCUCGGUGGACCGAUGGAAGCUGCAGGGAGUGUGAAUGCCGCGACGGCCAGGUGACCUGUUACCUGAGCUCCUGCCCCACCUGCCCCCCAGGAACCCUCGCCGUGGUCCAGGAGGGCCGGUGUUGCCCCGACUGCCACCAAGCCCAGUGCCAUGCAGACUGCCUGUCCUGUUCGGGGUCUCCAGACCACUGUGAAAGCUGCUCAGACCCCAAGUCUUUCCUCCAUCUGGGUCGCUGUUUGUCCGUCUGUCCGGUUGGAUUCUACACCGAAGGACGAGUGUGUGCAGCCUGCCAGCCGUCCUGCUCCAGCUGUUCCAGCAGGUGGGACUGUGAUUCCUGUGGUUCCCAGCUGCCCCUGCUGGGCCCCGAUAGCGGACGCUGUUUGGCCUCCUGCCCCGGUGGUUCCUACCAACACGACCAGACACGCUGUCGACGUUGCCACCCGUCCUGCUCAGACUGCCGUGGACCGACCCAGCAGGAUUGUAUUUCCUGUUCCGAUCCGGUCGCUUUGCUCAAAGAUGGGGUUUGCGUCCCCGACUGCGGCGCUGGAUUCUACAGCCAAGAUGGCAUCUGUUACGGCUGCGAUUCGUCCUGCGCCUCCUGUUUCCCCGACAACCCCAAGUGUAUGAGCUGCCCGCCGGGGACCGCCUUGCAUCAUGGGAAAUGUGUUACCCAGUGUCCUGCUCAGCAUUACCUGGACGGCCACCACAGAUGCAGAGCCUGCCACAGCUCUUGCCCCUCCUGCUGGGGUCCUUCGGUGUCCCAGUGCUCCUCGUGUCCGGCCGGGCUGCUCCUCCACCAGGGCCAGUGUGUGGAGGCCUGUGGGGAGGGACUGUACGCCCAUGACACCACCUGCCACAACUGUCAUCCCUCCUGCCGUUCCUGCGUCGGACCGCUGGCCUCCGACUGCCUCCGAUGCCUCAAACCGGAGGAAACUCUCCUCCGACAGUCGGGUCACCUUCAUCACGGCGUCUGCACAGCUGGAUGUCCUGCAAACAGCUUCCUGGACGACACGCAGACAUGCAGAGACUGUCAUCCCUCCUGCUGGCACUGCAGCGGACCAUCUGCAGACAACUGUACGUCCUGCUCCUCCCCGUCCAGCCUGCUGGAGGGACGCUGUGUCCAAACCUGCCCACAAGGCUUCUUUAUGCAGGACGACCGGUGCCAAGCAUGCCAUCCAUCCUGCCUGAGCUGCUCGGGUCCCUCCCAGGCCGACUGCACCUCCUGCCCCCCGCUGGCCUCCCUGCAGGGCGGCUACUGCAGGACCAGCUGCCAGGAUGGGCUUUUCCUGCACGCUGUCACCGGAGAGUGCCUCAGGUGCAGUCCGGACUGCCAGCGCUGCACUGCAGACCUCCAGACCGGCGUCGGCAGCAUCUGUUUGUGGUGUAAAGCUCCGAGGACGUGGCUGCUGGGCGACCACUGCGUCUCCGACUGUCCUCCGGGACGCUAUGCUUGGCAUGGAGCCUGCAUCAAAUGCCAUGCGUCCUGUGAGUCCUGCAGUGGGGCGGGGCCUCUGUCCUGCACUUCCUGCCCCUCUGGCGGCGUCCUGCUGCCCUCCGGCCUCUGUGCUCCUAAAUGCCCCCUCGGUUACCAUGACAACGGCCACAGGAUUUGUCAGGUGUGCGACAGCCAGUGCCUGACCUGCGACAUGCCCGGGGUUUGUACUUCCUGCCGCGACCCGACCAAGGUGCUGCUGUUUGGUGAAUGUCAGUACGACAGCUGCGCCCACCAGUACUACCUCAACACCACCACCCGGACCUGCAGAGAGUGCGACUGGAGCUGUAACGCCUGUAAAGGUCCUCAGCGGACCGACUGCCUGCAGUGCAUGGACGGAUACGUUCUGCAGGACGGAGUCUGCAGCCCUGGAUGUUCCCUGGGCUCCUAUCAGGACGGAGACAGAUGCCUGGCUUGCGACGAUCACUGCAUGGAGUGUGGAGGUCCUGGACAGUGUCAGGAGUGUCAGCCUCCAUACGCCACCCUGCAGGGACAGUGUGUGCUCGAAUGUGGCCGAAACCACUUCCUGGACGCCUCCUCCAAAGUCUGCAAAUCUUGUUCAUCCGACUGUGUGCUGUGCGAUGGUGUCGGUCAGUGCAGAGCUUGUCGUCACCAAACCUACCUCAUGGAGGGAUACUGCACGCCCGACUGUGGACACGGAUACUACGCCGACCAGAAGACCAGGACCUGCCACGUGAACGUCCAUCCUCCGGUCCUCCAUGUUAACGGAUCUCUGCUGGUUCCUCUGGACGGUUCGGCUCCGAUCACCUCCUCCCUGCUGCAGGUGAAGGACCAGGACAGUCCGACCGACCGGCUGAUCUUCCAUCUGGUCCAGACUCCCUCCAACGGACGGCUGGUUCUGGUCGGAGGAGUGGAAGGAGGAGAAGAAGAACUGACUGAAGACGAAACCUUCAGCUGGACGGACCUGAACCUGGGAAGAGUCCGGUUCAGACACCAGAAAGACAAAACCAGAAGCGGUGAGUUUAAACUGCGAGUCUCCGACCCUCAGCUCUUCUCCAGACCAGAAACCGUCCAGGUCCAAGCUGUGUCCAUGCAGCCUCCCAGCGUCCUCACCCUCUCCGUUCUGCCGGUGGAGGGUCGCGGCAGCUCGGCGACCGUCACCAAGGCGACGCUGCAGCUGGACGACCCCGACAACCCGGCCGACGUCCUGGUCAUGGUGCUGGAGCCGCCCCGCCACGGCCGGCUGGCCCGUCUCCACGGCGACCGGGCGCUGAGCCGCUUCAAGCUGGAGGAGUUGUCACGGGAACAGAUCCGGUACGUCCACGACGGGUCGCAGGCCGAGCAGGACGUCACGGUGCUGCAGGUCAACGACGGACACAGCUACAGGAACAUCCUGCUGAGAGUCAGCAUCAGUCAGAAGGCUGCAGACUCUCCUCAUGUUCUGUCCUUGCCGAAGACCUGGGUGAAGGAGGGAGGGAUGGUGCGCCUCGACAGGAAGUACCUGAAGACGGACUAUAAGGGAGUCAGCACUGAUGACAUCGUCUACACCAUCCUCGGCUCAGACCUCCAACCCAAAUACGGUGAGGUGGUUCUGGUUUCCAUGCCGGCUGACGGGCCGUCCGAAGGUUGGCGUCCUUCGCUAACCAACGAUCGAGGAUUCACGCCCACGACUUCCUUCACCCAGCAGGAUGUGAACGACGGAACAGUCUGGUAUCGACACUUUGGCUCCGGCAGCAGCAGCGACUCCUUCCAGUUCCAGGUUUCCACAGAGGCGGCUCCGCUUGUACAAAGUGACGCUCAGACUUUCACCAUCGGAGUUUUACCUCAAACCCCAGGAUUCCCUCAGCUGGCACCAGAGUGCGACCUUCAGAUCACAGCUCUGGAGGAUCGAGUGACAGAAUUAACUGCGUCAGCUUUGUCCUUCAUCGAUGCCGAGACGCCGAAUGAGAAGCUCAUCUACAACAUCACCAAACCACUGCCGCCCGGACAAGGAGCCAUCGAGCAUCGGGACCGACCGUACGUACCGGCGAAGCAUUUCACUCAGGCCGACGUCAACAACGGGAAGAUCGUUUACCGACCGCCGCCGGCUCCGUCACACCUGCAGGAGCUCUACCAGUACUCCUUCAUAGGACUGCCGGAGUCGCUGAGCGUUUAUUUCACAGUGUCGGAUGGAGAAUACACGACUCCUGAGCUGGACUUUGCCGUCCUGCUGCUGUCCAACCACCACCAGCCGCCAGUGUUUCAGGUCCUGGACCCGCUGCUGGAGGUCAGCCGGGGAGGUCAAGCGUCCAUCGGAGGUCAGCAGCUGGCGGUGAGCGACGCCGACACGGCUCCGGACGAGUUGGAGUUUGAGUUGGUGGAAGCUCCGAUCCACGGAGAGCUGAUCAGGACCGACAGCAAGACAAACACCCGCAUGGCUAAUGGUGACAUCUUCACCUUCAGCGACGUCACUCGUAACGUUCUGCUCUACCGACACGCCGGCCUCUCCGCCCAGGACGACGCCAUCACCUUCUCUGUCAGCGAUGGCAUCUCCAUGGCGACCACGGUGGUGCAGGUGGCGGUGCUGGGCGCCGGCGGCGACGGGCCUCAGAGGGACCCGGCGGCGACGCUGUCGCUGGAGGUUGGAGAGAAGAGCAGCUCCAUGAUCAGACGCUCCAACCUGGCCUACACCGACGACACGUCUCCAGACGACCAGAUCCGUAUCCAGCUGGUGUCGGUUCCGAUGUACGGCAUCCUGACCCGGAGCCAGUCGCAGCAGGAGCACCAGGAGCUGAGGGAGUAUUCCUCUUUUACUAUGGAGGACAUCAACAAGAGCAGGAUCAGGUACAUCACUUCAUUAGAGACAGGAAGUCAGCCGGUGACUGACAUCUUCCAUUUUGUGGUUCAUGAUGGAGACAACAAUCGCCUUGACAACCAGAUGUGCACCAUCACCAUCACCUCCACACCAAGACAGCCACCAACGGUUACUGUACGCAGCGGCAUCAAGGUCCAGGAAGGUGGCCGCGUGCAGCUUUCCACCAACCACAUCAUCAUAUCGGAUGUGGACACGCCCAGGAAGGACCUCCUGGUUUGGCUCGUCAGUCCUCCAAAAUAUGGCUUCCUUGAAAACACCAAGAGAGGAGGUUCAGUCGGAGGCUCCAGAAUCAUCACCCCAGACGUCCCGUUCUCCGUGGACGACCUGACGUCCGACCACAUCUUCUACGUCCAGGACGGAAGCCAGAAACCGAAGACCAAGCAGGACGUGUUCAGCCUCUACAUCAGCGACGGACACAGUCAGACGGAAGCCUUCAGUGUGGAAAUAGACGUCCAGGAGAGCAAAGAGGACAGACAGCCGCUGGUGUCGGUCAGCAGCAUCCAUGUGGAGGAAAACUCCGGCGUUGUCAUCACCAACUCGUCGCUCAGCGUCCUGGACCAGGACACUCCGGAGAACGAGAUCCUCUUCACCAUCAUCAGGAUUCCCUCCUACGGUAAACUGCGCAGACGUCAGUUCUACUCUCAGCCGCUGGAGAACGGUCGGGUUCUGACUCAGGGAUCCACCUUCACCUACCAGGACGUUCUGGACCAGCUGCUCGUCUACACGCCAGAAACCGUCAGCGGCGGCGCCGACGAGAUGGGCUUCACCCUCACCGACGGCAUCUACACCCACACCGGCCGCCUGCAGUUCACCAUGGAUGUCCGGAGGAGCGAAGGGCCGAGGAUGACCGUCAACAGAGGCCUGCAGCUCCCAGCAGGUUCAUCGUCUAAGAUCACGGAGCAGAACCUGAAGGGAACCGACAUCGACUCGGACAUCCUGAAGCUCCGAUACGUCCUCACCAAAGACCCUCCAUUUGGAAAACUGCAGCUCAGCAAGAGCAGCCGAGUGGAGAAAGUUUCCGUCAAAGGUCCGCUUCAGAGUUUCACUCAGGACGACGUCAACAAAGGUCUGCUGCAGUUCAGCCACGAGAAAGGCGAGAAGGGAGGCAGCCUGUCGUUCAAGUUCAACCUGGUCGAUCCGGAGGGCAACAAGCUGAUCGAUCAGUCCUUCUUCAUCAGCGUGCUUGAGGACCGUCUUCCUCCGUCCGUGGUGGUGAACAAAGGCCUGGUUCUGGAUGAGAACACCACGAAGAAGCUGACGACGCUGCAGCUGUCAGCCAGCGACCAGGACAGUGAGCCGGGAGACCUCAUCUACCGGAUCACCAAGCAGACCAGUUUAGGACACCUGGAGCAUGCCGCCAAUCCAGGAACCAGGAUCGGUUCUUUCACUCAGGCCGACCUGGCGUCUCGCAGCAUCCAGUACGUCCACACCAGCGAAGAAGAAAAACACGCCGACCAGUUCUCCUUCACCGUAUCCGACGGCAACAACGAGGUGGCCCAGACGUUCUACAUCACCAUCAAGCCAGUGGACGACUCGCUGCCUCUCCUCCAGGUUCCUGGGAUGAGGGUCCAGGAGGGCGUCAGGAAAACCAUCACCGAGUUCGAGCUCAAAGCCACAGAUGCCGACACAGAGGCCGAGUCCAUCGUCUUCUCGGUGGUCCAGCCUCCUCGCCACGGUGCCAUCGAGCGAACCAUCAACGGGCAGCACUACCGGCAGACCAGCAGCUUCACCAUGGAUGACAUCUACCAGAACCGCAUCAGCUACAACCACGACGGCUCCAACUCUCUGAAGGACCGCUUCACCUUCACCGUAGCCGACGGCACCAACCUGCUCUUCAUGGUGGAAGACGGCGGCAAAGAGAUCGUGACGGCGGCUCCUCAGAAGUUUAAGAUCGAUAUUCUACCUGUGGAUGACGGAACACCGCGAAUCGUCACCAACCUCGGGCUGCAGUGGCUGGAAUACAUGGACAGCAAGGCCACCAACCUGAUCACGAAGAAGGAGCUGCUGACGAUGGAUCCGGACACCGACGACGCUCAGCUGGUUUAUGAAAUAACAACUGAACCCAAACACGGCUUCCUGGAGAGCAAAGUGAAACCUGGAAACCCCGUCAGCACCUUUACUCAAGCCGACAUCAACCUGGGUCUGAUCCGCUACGUUCUGCAUCAGGAGAACGUUCAGGAAACGAUGGACAACUUCAAGUUCCUGGUCAAAGACAGCAAACCCAACGUGGUCAGCGACAACGUCUUCCACGUCCAGUGGUCUCUGAUCAGCUUCGAGCACAAAAGCUACAACGUCAGUGAGAAGGCCGGAACGGUGGCGGUGACGGUGAAGAGAACCGGUAACCUGAACCAGUACGCCAUCGUUCUCUGUAGAACCGAACAAGGCAGCGCCACGUCCACCAGCAGCACCGGAUCCAAACCGGGUCAGCAGGACUACGUGGAAUACGCUGGACAGGUUCAGUUCGAUGAGCGCGAGGACACCAAGGUCUGCACCAUCGUCAUCAACGACGACCGGGUGUUUGAGGAUGUCGAGAGCUUCCAGGUGGAGCUCAGCAUGCCGGUGUACGCUCUGCUGGGAGGGAAGACCCGAGCCACCGUCAACAUCAACGACACCGAGGACGAACCGACGCUGCAGUUUGACAAGAAGACGUACCACGUUAAUGAAAGCACCGGCUUCAUCCACGCUCCCAUCGAGAGGAAAGGCGACUCCUCCAGCACUGUGUCAGCUCUCUGCUACACCGUGGCCAAGUCAGCUCAGGGCAGCAGCCUCCACGGCCUCGAGUCCGGCUCCGACUACAAGAGUCGAGGAAUGACCACCGACAACCGGGUCGUUUUCGGGCCCGGCGUCAGCAUGUCCACCUGCGACGUGAAGCUCAUCGACGACAGCGAGUACGAGCUGUCCGAGGAGUUCGAGCUGGUGCUGUCGGACGCCUCCGAUAACGCCCGGAUGGGGGACGUCUCGGUGGCCAAGGUGGUCAUCGACGGGCCCAACGACGCCUCCACGGUCUCCCUCGGCAACGCCACCUUUACCUUCAGCGAGGACGCAGGUACCAUUGAGAUACCGGUGCUACGCCACGGCAGCGACCUUUCCUCCGUCACCUCUGUUUGGUGCGCAACAAGACCUUCAGACCCUCUGUCAGCCAGUCCAGGGGUCGACUACAUCCCCAGCUCCAAGAAGGUGGAGUUCAAACCUGGAAAAACCGAAGAGACGUGCAGUUUGACCAUCAUGGACGACAUCCAGAACCCGUCCAUCGAAGGAUCCGAGUCUUUCGUGGUGUUCCUCAGUUCUCCCCAAGGCGCUGUCCUGCAGGAACCCUACGAAGCCAAUGUAGUCAUCACCGACACCUUCCAGGACAUUCCCAGCAUGCAGUUUGAGAAGAGUUCCUACAUUGUGAAGGAGAAAGACAACGUCCUCCACAUCCCCAUCGUCCGGACCGGUGAUCUGUCCUUCAAGUCGUCGGUUCGCUGUUUCACCAGAACCAUGUCGGCGAUGGUGAUGGAUGACUUCGAGGAGAGAAGGAACGCAGACGAGUCUCGCAUCACUUUCCUCAAAGGAGAGAAGGUGAAGAACUGCACAGUUCACGUCCACGAUGACUCCGUGUUCGAGCCUGAAGAGGAGUUCCAGGUGCAUCUUGGGACGCCGCUGGGUGACCACUGGAGCGGCGCCAUGGUGGGCGUCAACGACAUCGUCACCAUCACCAUCACCAAUGAUGAAGACGCUCCCACCAUUGAGUUCGAGCAGGCGUCCUACCAGGUCCGGGAGCCUCCAGGUCCAGAUGGCAUCGAGGUUCUCAACAUCAAGGUGAUCCGUCACGGCGAUCUGGACCGAACAUCCAAGAUCCGCUGCAGCACCCGGGACGGUUCGGCCCAGUCCGGAGUCGACUACAAUCCCAAAAGCCGAGUGCUGAAAUUCACCCCUGGAAUGGACCAUAUCCUAUUCAAAGUGGAGAUUCUGUCCAAUGAGGACCGGGAGUGGCACGAGUCCUUCUCAUUGGUUCUCGGCCCUGAUGACCCGGUGGAGGCGGUGCUUGGGGAGAUCACCAUGGCGACAGUGACCAUCCUGGACCAGGAGGCUUCCGGCAGUCUCAUCCUUCCUGCUCCACCAAUUGUGGUUUCACUCGCCGACUACGAUCACGUCCAGGAGGUCACCAAAGAAGGCAGUAAGAAGACUCCCUCUCCAGGUUAUCCUCUGGUUUGCGUCACCCCGUGUGAUCCCCACUACCCUAAAUAUUCGGUGAUGAAGGAGCGCUGCGAGGAGGCGGGAAUCAACCAGACCCAGGUUCACUUCUCCUGGGAGGUGGCGGCGCCAACGGACACCAGCGGGGCCCGGUCCCCCUUCGAGACGGUCACGGAUACGACGCCGUACACCAGCGUCAAUCAUAUGGUCCUGGACAGCAUCUACUUUAGCCGUCGCUUCCAUGUUCGCUGCGUCGCUCAGGCCAGAGACAAAGCCGGCCACCUGGGGACGCCGCUGAGAAGCAACAUCGCCACCAUCGGGACCGAGGGCUCCAUCUGCCACACGCCUGUUACCACGGGAACCGCCAGAGGCUUCCAGGCCCAGUCCUUCAUCGCCACGCUGAAAUACCUGGAUGUGAAGCACAAGGAGCAUCCCAACCGGAUCCACAUCUCGGUGCAGAUCCCCCACCAGGACGGGAUGCUGCCGCUGAUCUCCACCAUGCCGCUGCACAACCUCCACUUCCUGCUGUCGGAGUCCAUCUACAGGCAGCAACACGUCUGCUCCAACCUGGUCACCCUCAAAGACCUGCAGGGCAUCUCCGAAACGGGUUUCCUGGACGACGUUUCCUAUGACAGCAUCUCUUUAGGUCCGGGUUACGACCGUCCCUACCAGUUCAACCCCAACAUCCGUGAAGCCAAAAGCAUCCAACUUUACAAACACCUCAACCUCAAAAGCUGCAUCUGGACCUUCGACGCCUUUUACGACAUGACGGAGCUCAUCGACGUCUGCAGCGGCUCCGUCACGGCCGAUUUCCAGGUCCGUGACUCGGCUCAGUCCUUCUUGACAGUUCAGGUUCCUCUUUACGUUUCCUAUAUCUAUGUGACGGCACCAAGAGGCUGGGCGUCUUUAGAACAUCACACUGAGAUGGAGUUCUCCUUCUUCUACGACACAGUGCUCUGGAGGACAGGUAUCCAGACCGACAGUGUCCUCUCAGCCAGACUGCAGAUCAUCAGGAUUUACAUCAGAGAAGACGGACGACUGGUGAUCGAGUUCAAAACUCACGCCAAGUUCAGAGGUCAGUUUGUUCUUGAACACCACACCCUCCCGGGUCAUAAAUCCCAUCUGAUGGCUCCAGAUCAUCUCGGAGGCAUCGAGUUCGACAUGCAGCUGCUGUGGAGCGCCCAGUCCUUCGACUCCCCGUACCAGUUGUGGAGGGCCACCAGCUCCUACAGCAGGAAGGACUACUCUGGAGAGUAUACCGUCUUUCUAAUCCCCUGCACCGUCCAGCCCACUCAGCCAUGGAUCGAUCCUGGAGACAAACCUUUGUCCUGCACGGCUCACGCUCCGGAGAAGUUCCUGGUUCCGAUCGCCUUCCAGCAGACCAACCGGCCCGUUCCGGUGGUUUAUUCCCUCAACACCGAGUUCCAGCUGUGCAACAACGAGAAGGUCUUCAUGAUGGAUCCGGCCUCCGCUGACGUCUCCAUGGCCGAGAUGGACUACAAGGGAGCGUUCUCCAUGGGUCAGACGCUGUAUGGCCGAGUGCUGUGGAACCCGGAGCAGAACCUGAACGCCGCCUACAAGCUGCAGCUGGAGAAGGUUUACCUUUGCACCGGCAGGGACGGAUACGUUCCGUUCUUCGACCCGACCGGGACGCUGUACAACGAGGGUCCUCAGUACGGCUGCAUCCAGCCCAACAAGCACCUCAAACAUCGCUUCCUGCUGCUGGAUCGUAAACAGCCGGACGUUUGUGACAAAUUCUUCCACGAUGUCCCUUUCGAGGCCCAUUUAGCCUCCGACCUCCCGGAGCUGCAAACAAUGACGUCCAUGCCAGGAGUCGACGGCUUCACCAUGAAGGUCGACGCUCUGUACAAGGUGGAGGCGGGCCACCAGUGGUACCUCCAGGUCAUCUACGUGAUCAGUCCGGAGUCUCGGUCCAGUCCGAGGAUCCAGCGUUCGGUCACCUACCAGCUGAGUCGCCCCAAACGCGACCUGGUGGAUCGUAGCGGACGUCUGACCCUGGAUGAGUCGCUCAUCUACGACAACGAGGGCGACCAGGUGAAGAACGGCACCAACAUGAAGUCCCUCCGCCUGGAGGCCGGGCCGUCCGCCACCUUCAACGCCCACGUGGGCAGCUCGGUGGGCGGGGGCGUCGCCGCCGUCACCCUGCUGGUCCUGGUGCUGCUCGCCGCCUGCCUCGUGUUCCGCCGCUGCCGACGGAGCUCAGCCAAGAAGAAGGGCAAGAAGGCAGCGAAGACCUACGAGGAAUACCCGCUCAACACCAAGGUGGAGGUGUGCAUGGACAAGUGCGUGGAGAAGAACUUCAGCACCAAACACUGCACAGUGAGGAACAUCAACCUGCUGAACCGCAACCAGGAGCCCAACGGCAAGGCCAAGGUGAAGCAGGUCAACCUGGAGGUGAAACUCCACAACAACCUCAGCGACGGCACUGAGGUCUGAAACCAGGAAGACGAUCGGAUGGAGGGGGUAGAAUUUAUCAAAAACAGUGUCUGUGUAGAUUCUCAGUCAUCCAGGUCAUGGUAAUCCUCGGAGCUCCAGUAGAAAUCAAGCAAACUUCUCCUGGAAGUUCUUCUAGAGGUGUGUAUUGUUCUAAUGAGAAACGUCUUUAGAACCCCUUUUGUAGGUUCUUGAAGAAUUGUAGACUAGCACAAGAGACCCUACAAGAGAGGUUCUUGAAGACGUUUCUCGUUAGAACAAGAACCCUUGUAGGUUCUUGAAGAUGUUUCACCCCUUAUCCUCUUGGGUGAAUCUACAAGUCUUCAAGAACCUUCAAGAGAACCUACAAGAGAGGUUCUUGAUGUUUCCCAUUAGAACAAUAACUCUUGUAGGUUUUUGAAGAUGUGAACUCCUGAACAAACUUUUCUUAAAGACGUUUCACUCCUCAUCCUCUUCGAUGAGAGGUGAAACGUCAAGAACCUACAAAUGACCCUGCAAGAGAGAUUCUUGAAGAUGUUUCACCCCUCAUCCUCUUGGAUGAACCUACAAGUCCUCAAGAACCUACAAGAGAACCUCCAAAAGAGGUUCUUGAAGACGUGUCCCAUUAGAACAAGAACUCUUGUAGGUUCUUGAAGACGUUUCAAGAACUUUCAAGAACGUCCUCAAGAAGCUACAAGAAUUGACUUCUACUGAAGCUCCUACGGUUAACACUAAGGUAUUUUCUAUUCAAAAAAAAGAAGAAAAGUUUGUACUAAAUGGAAACGAGAUGUUUGUUAAUGUAUUUUUAUACCACUUUGAAAAAGGGAAGAGCGCGACGUGCAGGGCUACCUCAGGAAUCCACACAAAAACCAUUCGUCUCACUCUGAUCAUCGCUGUUUUACUUGACUUUCAGCACCAAAAAACAUGGUGAACGGUAGCUCAGACGCUGGCGAUUGUUUCAAAACGCUUUUCUGCUGCGUUUUAUUCGUGUCACUGCUACGGGGCGUAGAAGCCCUCCUGUUUUUAUGCAUUUAAAUGCAUUAAAACCCUCCGUCUACGCGAGUAUUAAAGCACCAACCGUGUGCAGAGUGUAAAUAACAACAAACGAAUGAAACCUUUUCAAGUGCAAUUACGUCACAACUUUUUGUUAUUCCUUCCAUGAGCCGAAUCAUCGUUUGCAUUUUUUUAAAAAACAACAACAAAAAAAACAUGUAUUUCAAAGCCUUACUUAGAGACAUUUGUACUGAACGGAUGAUUUUGACACAGAUUCUUAGUUUAGUUUGAACUCCAACAGCUGCCAAUAUUAUAUAUAUAUAUAUAUAUAUAUAUAUAUAUAUAUAUAUAAAAAUCCCAUGCAGUAUUUUUUUAUCAUCAAAACAAAAAAAAUCAUCCAAAGUGUUUUUUUUUUUUUGCUUUUUAUUCUCUUUAUCCAUGUGAUUUUAUGCGAGCAAAUGUUUCGAUCCCGUCCACGACUGACUGCUUUCGCCUUACUGCUGUUCUAGUGGGAAUAAUCACUUUAUAAAAUGGUGUAUUUUAUAAAAAACGUGUGUCUACCUGCCUUCAUUCUGCCAAAAGACACAAAAUCCAUCACUUUUUUUUAUUUCUUCCUCUCACAUCUCACUCAAUAUGUUUUUUGUUUUAUUAUUCAUUUAUGUAUUAUUAUCAUGUUACCCUCUAAUGAUGUAUUAUGUUACGACUCAGCUACUGAUGUACCCGCGAUGCUACUGUAUUUUUUCUUCUUUUUUUUUUUUAAAUAUAAUGUAAGACACUGGUUAGAGAGCACUGCAAAAACAAGAAAAUAUCUUCACGUGAGAUGUUAAAAUGUCUUUUUCUCUGGUUCCACCUCCUGUCGUCUUUCAACUGUGUGCCUAUCAAACUACGAAAUGGGGAAUUGUGGGAAAUGACAUUAUAUAUUUGGUGCUAUAUCAUUGUGUUGGAAAAGAGAGCAACGAUGCUAUCAAUAUGAUGCCUGUAUUUGGUGCCUUUUUUAGUAAUAAAAAUAAAUUUGAAACACAA